AUGGCAUUCAGGCUGAAGGCAGAUACACGGCUGGCAGGGUCCUGGCUGCGCCUGAGAGGGGCCAGGGCACUGGGCACCAGAGCAGUUAUGGGCCCCAAGGCCACAGUGUUGCCCUUUGAAGCCAUACCCCAGUACCUAGGCAAUAAGUGGCUGAGAGUACUGCAGAUCUGGAAGGAUCAGGGCAUUGAGGACAUUCACCUGGAGAUGCACCGGACCUUCCAGGAAUUGGGACCUAUUUUUAGGUAUGAUGUGGGAAGAAGACAGAUGGUCUGUGUGAUGCUGCCAGAGGAUGCUGAGCGACUGCACAGGGCUGAGAGCCUGUAUCCCUGCCGCAUGCACCUGGAGCCCUGGAUGGCCUACAGGGAGCACCGAGGGCAGAAGCCUGGCGUGUUCUUGCUGAAUGGGCCUGAAUGGCGCUACAAUCGACUGAGGCUGAACCCAAAUGUGCUGUCCCCAAAAGCAGUGCAAAAGUUCCUCCCCAUGGUGGACACAGUGGCAAGAGACUUCUCAGAUGCUCUGAAGGAGAAGGUGCUACAGAGUGGCCAGGGGAGCCUGACCCUAGACAUCCAGCCCAGCAUCUUUAACUAUACCAUAGAAGCCAGCAACUUUGCACUUUUUGGAGAGCGACUGGGCCUCUUUGGUCACAACCCAAGCACAGACAGCCUGGACUUCACCCGUGCCCUACAUGCCAUGCUCAAAUCUACUGGGAAGCUCAUGUUUCUGCCCAGGAGUCUGUCCCGCUGGAUGAGCAGCCAGGUGUGGAAGGAGCACUUUGAGGCCUGGGACUACAUUUUUGACUAUGCUGACAGUUGGAUCCAGAAGACCUAUCAGAAGCUUGUUUGCAGUUACCCUCAGUACUACAGUGGCAUCAUGGCAGAUCUGCUGUUGCAGGGGGACUUGUCAGUAAAUGCCAUCAAGGCCAACAGUAUUGAACUCACAGCAGGGAGCGUGGACACGACGGCCUUCCCCUUGAUGAUGACACUCUUUGAGUUAGCCAGAAACUCCACCAUGCAGCAGGCUCUGCACCAGGAAAGCGUGGCUGCUGAGCCCAUCAUCUCUGUGGAUCCACAGAGGGCCACCACAGAAUUACCCUUGCUGCGGGCAGCCCUCAAGGAGACCCUGAGGCUGUACCCAGUUGGUCUUUUUUUGGAGAGAAUACUGAGCUCAGACUUGGUGCUUCAGAAUUAUCACAUCCCAGCUGGGACGUUGGUCCAUUUGUAUCUAUACUCAAUGGGUCGAAACCCUGCAAUGUUCCUGAGUCCAGAGCUCUACAAUCCUCAACGCUGGUUGGACAAUAGACAGACCUUCCACCACCUGGCUUUUGGCUUUGGGGUGCGACAGUGUCUGGGGAGGCGUCUGGCAGAGGUGGAGAUGCUGCUGCUUCUGCAUCACAUUUUGAAAUCUUUCCACGUGGAGGCACCACUCCAAGAAGAUGUGAAGUUUUCCUACCAUUUUGUUCUGAUGCCCACCUCCUUUCCCCUCCUUACUUUCCGCCCUGUCUUCUAGUCACACUUGCCCCCCAAAGUUCCCAGGCACACCACUGUCCCCUGUCACCAUGAUCCUUGGCCAUCUUUCCCUUUACUCUGCAAGAGCCCUGUUUCCUCGCCACAUGAUCACAUAGCUCCCUGCUCAAACAGUGCAGGCAAAGCCCUGUGGUAUUGGGCUCCUCAGGCUGUUCAGCAAGGCCAGAGCAAAGCUCAGGAGUAUCUUGGUGGCAUGCCCUGGUUUUAGCCUCUUCCCAGCUCUACCCAGCUCAAUGUCCUCCAACAUUUCAGUGUUCCUUAGAACAGUGUCUUUUUCCUGAGCAUUGUUAUCAGCAUACUCCUGUGGCCUUAUGGGCCCUAAGACCACACCAUUAAUAUCAGCCAUAUGUCUGUUUUUCAUUUUUGUGAAAUUAGCAAAGAAAAUAGGUCUCAACUUGAGGUGUGGAGUUGUUGCGAGUGAACUGAAAAAUUAGGAAAGUAAUUGUGAAUACUAGUGACAAUUGUAUGUAAUCAAGAGGAUGGAGUCACUGUGAUGGUCAGAGAUUCAGGUAGGAGGUCACACUGGAAACCUGGAUGUGGUGGUGGGAGAGGUGAUUGCUGGGUGACCUGUGUCUUCAUGGAGGUGAAUCACCAGCUGAUAUGAGGCAGGCAUUUCCUGGGGAGAGCAGUGAUUGCCCUGAAUAUUUAGGAUGCAACAGUAUGUGUGUUAAUGUCUUGCAGAUUUCUCUGGAGGUUUGAGAGUAUUGGGGGAGUGUAUUUGGGCAAAGGAUAAGGAUUUUAUUAAGAUCAUGAGUAUAGGGGAUGAAAAUCUUGGUGUCUCCCUGAAAAUCAUGUGUUGAGCUCCAAGUGUCCUAAGAAUGUGAUUGCAGAGAUAGAACCUAUGUCAUGGCACUUGAUUUGAAGUGAAGUGGCCAGGGUGAACCUCAAUCCAGUAUGACAGAUGUCCUUAUAAGAAGAGUAGUUUAGGUUACAAGCACACAAACAAACACCCAUGAAGGUUCAGGGAGAAGAAAGCUGGGAAAAAUUCAACCCUGUCUGUGUCUUCACUUCAGGCUUCUCAUCUCUAGAGUGGUAAAAAAAUAAAUUUCUGUUGUUUAACCA